CGUGCGUGUGUUAUGGGCGCAGUGUUGAAUACUUCUUGAAGGAAUCAGCGAGCGCCAUGGUUCAUAAACAGCGUCGUCACCCUCUACCUGCACUUAACUUGAAGCCUUCAAACUUCGUACCUCUGAAUCAUGAUGUCUCUUUCCACGUUGUGGUGGGGGAGGACGGAAGCGAAACCGCAAUUUCUUGUUCUCAAACAUGGUCACAAACGGGUCAUGGUUAAACGGCAAAGCUAUAAUCUCAUGCUUGACACCGCCUGCAAACAUUUCCCAAGCAUUCCGAGAGAUAUGAUCAUGUUGCAGACCAAUCAACUCGAUGUUUGCGAUGGCCACUAUGUCGACAUCACGCCUGAAAUAUGGGACGAUCUCAUUGACUCGCUUCAUGUCGUUGAGGUGACUCGGCAUGCGGAAAUGACAUUGCCCAUCCCACUGCUGCCGCUUGAUGCUUGGGCCUUUUCAUUCCCUGGCCAUCAAUCAGCCCCAAGUCAGGCUAACGGACAGGACGCAAAAAACAAGAAAGGAAAAAACAAGAACAAAAAAAUGAACGAACAAGACAGCUCGGACGAUGACAUAGUCACAAUCAAAGUUGUUUUUCCAUCUGGCGAGAUUCAGACUGCUAAAGUCUCGAAGGAACUGCGGGUGGACAAACUCGUUGCUGACGCUAGUCAUAUAUUGGGACGUUGUCCUACUGAUAUCAUGGCAGUUUGGGGUGGGGCAAUAUUGCGUGGAGAUCUAAGUAUCGGAUCGUACAAUAUCAAGGAUGGCGACUCCAUCAAUCUUCAGCUUCAGGCGUCACUGCGUAUUGCAAAGCCAGUUAUCUAUCUAUACUCGCCCUCCGAUAUCGAUGUUUCUGUCAAGCUCUCCCUCAUUCCUGAGUGGAGCCUCUCUGUCAUCUAUCCCGUUGUUACCACAGAAGACCAUGGGCAGCGUUUAGAAUGGAAUGUCCGCACCCAUCAAGACGGAAGUCUGAUGGAACACAAUUCAGGUUUAGAUGUGUCGUACUUGUUCUGGGAGGCGGAGUCAAAUCUGCAAACAUUUGCCCGGUCACCAGCAUCCAAACCGCAACCAGUGGAUACAUUCAAUCCAAUAUCCAGCAGUCUCGAUGAUAUGGAUUCGAUUGUCAUUCCAGUGGACAAUGCAACUGUUUACCUUGAUAAAUCACUCAAAGCUUUGGGACUUCACACCGAAGCUAGAACAUCAUUCAUAACCUACUGGCUACCAUCUAUCCUUAAGCACGAAUACAUUGCCCUCCGAUUCGUUCCUCAAGCAGCAUACGAACGCGCCGCUUCUUUAAGUAUUUCUCCGCAGCCUGACGUCGUGACUCGCGUAUGCAUGUUGUUCAAAGGUAUCUGCAAGGAGCAUCUAGCAAAUUGGGCAGAUGCACAAAUGCAAGCAGAGAAAGACGUUGCUUGGUGGGUGGAUGUAGUUGGAGUUGAUCCUGCAAGAGCUGGUGAUACGAGUUUGUUCAGGGUGUUGGAAUGGGGCGGGUUGGAGGUUCUCGUUUGAUAUUCUAUCAGAUUACUCCAUCAGGAAAAUGCGAAAUCCCUGUAGGCAGCCAUUUCCUAUGUAGCGUAUUUAGAUCAC